CUUUCUCACACGCACACGCACACACACACACACACACACAUACACACACUCUUUGAGCUCAGCUCCGCAAGCAAAGCUCCAUUACCCAUUACCAUAGCAGUCAAAUCCCCAAAACCCACAAAGACUACCUUCCAAAAAAAAUGUCACUUUCUAUUCACUGAGCUAAGCUUCACUUUGUUCUCUCUCUCUCUCUCUCUCUCUCUCUCUCUCUCUCUUUCUUUCUCUCUUUCUCAAAUUUGCUUCUGCAGCUACUGUUCCUUGGUAAAGGGUUUCUGUGUUUGAGAUCUGGGAUUCUAGGGUUUCUUAUUUGAAGCUUUUGGAGUGAAUAUUGGAGUUUUUGGAACUUCAAGUUUGGAUUUUUUUUUUUUUUUUGGAGGGUAAAGUUUGGUUUUAGGGUUUGAAUGUGGUUUGUUCUUGAUGGGAUUUAGGGUUGGGUUGAAGAGGAUCUGGUUCGUAUGAGGGUUAGAGGGGUUGUUUUCUGUAUUGGUACUGGUUUUGGAUGAUUUUCUCCGAGGGUGUGGCGGAUAUUUCUGGUUUUUGAGCUGGGGGGGGGUGGGUGGGUUGGCUUGCUUUCUACGGCAUUUGAUGGUACGGAGAAGACUGGUGAAUAAUGGACGGUGUGAUUUUGAUCAAUGUGGUUUGAGGAGUAGGGAGAGGCUCUUUUUAUUCGAAUCUUUUGUGUGGAGUUGAUUGUUGAGCUCGGGCGGAUUUCAGUAGCUGUUGAAAUUUGUUUGGUAUUUUUUUUUCUUUCUUUUUAAAGAAUGAGACUCUCGUCUUCGUCGUCCUCAUCGGGGUUUAAUCAUCAGCCUCAGGAAGGGGAGAAGAAAUGUUUAAAUUCCGAGUUGUGGCAUGCAUGUGCGGGCCCUCUUGUGUCUCUGCCUCCUGUUGGAAGUCGUGUUGUCUACUUUCCUCAGGGUCACAGUGAGCAGGUUGCUGCUUCAACCAACAAGGAAGUAGAUGCUCAUAUUCCAAAUUACCCAAACUUGCCCCCACAGCUUAUAUGCCAGCUUCACAAUGUCACUAUGCAUGCAGACGUGGAGACAGAUGAAGUAUAUGCUCAAAUGACCCUUCAGCCACUGAGUCCGCAAGAGCAAAAGGAUGUAUACCUCCUCCCUGCAGAAUUGGGUACUCCCAGCAAGCAGCCAACCAAUUAUUUCUGCAAAACAUUGACUGCAAGUGAUACUAGCACUCAUGGAGGAUUCUCUGUUCCUCGCCGUGCAGCUGAAAAAGUCUUUCCACCUCUUGAUUACACAAUGCAGCCCCCAGCUCAGGAGCUAAUUGCAAGAGAUCUUCAUGAUAAUGAAUGGAAAUUCAGACAUAUAUUUCGAGGACAGCCCAAGAGGCAUCUUCUUACAACAGGAUGGAGUGUGUUUGUUAGUGCGAAAAGACUUGUUGCUGGUGAUUCGGUCCUUUUUAUCUGGAAUGAAAAGAAUCAGCUGCUAUUGGGUAUCCGACGGGCAAAUCGUCCACAGACUGUCAUGCCUUCAUCAGUUUUAUCAAGUGACAGCAUGCACAUUGGUCUUCUUGCUGCUGCAGCUCAUGCAGCUGCCACAAAUAGUCGCUUUACUAUUUUUUAUAAUCCUAGGGCUAGUCCUUCAGAAUUUGUCAUACCCUUGGCCAAGUAUGUUAAAGCUGUCUAUCAUACACGGGUUUCUGUGGGCAUGCGAUUUAGAAUGCUGUUUGAGACUGAAGAAUCUAGUGUCCGUCGAUACAUGGGUACAAUAACUGGAAUUAGUGAUUUAGAUCCAGUUCGCUGGUCAAGUUCACAUUGGCGCUCUGUGAAGGUUGGCUGGGAUGAAUCUACAGCCGGGGAGAGGCAGCCAAGGGUUUCAUUGUGGGAAAUUGAGCCAUUAACAACCUUCCCAAUGUAUCCAUCUCCAUUUCCCCUUAGACUGAAGCGACCUUGGCCAUCAGGACUACCCAGUUUCCACGCACUCAAAGAUGGUGAUAUGAGCAUUAAUUCUCCACUGAUGUGGCUCCAAGGUGGGGUUGGAGAUCAGGGAAUGCAAUCUUUGAAUUUCCAGGGAUUUGGGGUUACACCGUGGGUGCAGCCAAGGCUUGAUGCUUCACUGCCAGGUUUACAACCUGAUUUAUACCAAGCUAUGGCAGCUGCUGCACUUCAGGAAAUGAGGGCAGUAGAUCCUACAAAAUGUUCAUCGCAGUCUCUUCUGCCAUUCCAACAAUCUCAAAAUGUUUCCAAUGGACCUGCUGGUUUGAUUCAACGACAGAUGUUACCACAAUCCCAAUCGCAAAGUACUUUUCUUCAAAGCUUUCAAGAAAACCAGGCUCCUGCACAGGCUCAGCUUCUCCAACAACAGAUUCAACGUUACCAUCCCUAUAGUGAUCAGCGGCAACAACAGCAUCAACAGCAGCAGCAGCCACAACUUCAACAGUCACAGCAAUUGCAUCAGUUGUCUGUUCAGCAACAUAUUCCGAAUGUCAUUUCUUCUCUAUCAAAUUUUGCAUCUGUUACUCAGUCCCACUCUCCAUCUCUGCAGGCAAUCCCUUCGCAAUGCCAGCAGCAGACCUUUACUGACCCUGUCACAAAUCCUAUUUCCUCAUCUGAUGUUUCCCCUAUGCAUAGUAUACUAGGUUCGCUAUCCCAGGAUGGAGGGUCCCACUUACUAAACUUGAAUGGAUCAAACUCUGUAAUCUCUUCUUCUUCCUUGUUAUCUAAACAAAUCACAGUUGAGCCACAGCUUCCAUCUGGAACUGCUCAAUGUGUACUGCCCCAGGUGGAACAGUUGGGAACACCACAAUCAUCAAAUGUUUCUGAGCUCGCUAGUUUGCCUCCAUUUCCUGGGAGAGAGUACUCUUCAUACCAAGGUGCUACAGAUCCGCAGAGCAAUCUUUUGUUUGGAGUUAACAUUGAUUCUUCAUCUCUUAUGCUGCAGAAUGGGAUGUCAAAUCUGAGGAACAUUGGAAGUGAAAAUGAUUCAUUGUCUAUGCCAUUUGGUUCUUCAAAUUAUUCAAGUGCUGCAGGCACUGAUUUUCCACUUAAUUCGGACAUGACCACUUCAAGUUGUGUAGAUGAAUCAGGAUUCUUGCAGUCUUCCGAAAAUGUGGACCAAGCAAAUCCACCAACUAGAACCUUUGUGAAGGUUCACAAGGCAGGGUCCUUUGGGAGAUCACUGGAUAUUUCUAAGUUCAGCAGCUAUGAUGAGCUGCGCAGUGAGCUCGCACGCAUGUUUGGUCUUGAAGGCCAACUACAGGACCCUCAGAGAUCAGGCUGGCAGCUUGUAUUUGUUGACCGGGAGAAUGAUGUUCUUCUCCUUGGUGAUGACCCUUGGCAGGAGUUUGUAAACAAUGUGUGGUAUAUCAAGAUACUGUCUCCACUAGAAGUGCAAGAGAUGGGCAAGAAUGGCCUCAAUCCAACGAGUUCUGUCCCGAGCCAAAAACUUAGGAACAGCAGCAAUACUUGCGAUGACUUUGUUGGCCGACAGGAGUUGAGAAAUUCGAGCAAUGGGAUUGCAUCUAUGGGAUCUCUCGACUACUAAAGGCAAGUGCUUUUGAAAAUGGAAAACUGAGUUGGCUGUUGCCGUUCAGUGUCUAGCUAUGCUAGUUCUUUUUCAUAGUAAUGUACGGCUUCAAAAUUCUUUUACCCUUUAAUGGUCGAUGAGAUCUGGUGGUUGGGGAAAGUCUAUUUAAAGUUUGCAUGUCAGCUUAUUACUGUAAAUUAUAAUAGGAGACUUUGUUUUUCUCAAACUACCACUAUAGCACUUAGAACAACACGUAAUUCCCUUCAAGAGGACGACAUCUUGAUGGCAUUUUGUUUGCUAUCUAGUCUUGUAAUUUAUAAGAUGAAUUUAAUUACUUUUCAUCACAUUUGAACUGAA